AUGUUCCCAGAUACGGCGGGCGACACUUCAAACUGCAGCCUGAGCGCAUACUUCAAUAAUGCCCGCGUGCAGCAGCAGCUGGCGCGCGGCGAGUCCGGCGUCGCGCCCGCGGCCGCGGCCGCCGUGGACGCCCUCGCCGCCGUUGCAGGCGGCGUGCACACCCAGUUCGGCCGCGCGGCGGCCGCGGUGCGCGCGGCGCUGGCGCACGCGCCCGAGACAGCGGCGCAGCAAGGCAGGGGCGCGCAACGGCUGCUAGAGCGCCAGGGGGACGGCGGCGCCGGCGGCGACGGCUCGGACGCCCCCAGGCGGCAGCAACGGCAGCAGCACCAGGACUGGGACGCCGACGACCGGCCCGCCCCCGAGCAGUGGCCGCCGGCUGGCCUGCCGGGCGGCGUGGAGGCGGCCUACGAUUUUGCUGAGGGUGCCCAUGCCGGCCACCCCCGAGACAACAGCUGGGCCGACCCCCUGCCGCGUGGCAUCGGCGGCGGCGGCGGCUGGGGAGCUGGCGGUGACAUCAGCGCUGACGAGGACGAGCGGCAGGCGGAGGGGCGGACCGGAGCGGCGGACGCCUGGAUGAGGCGGCCGGGGCAGCUGGCUGGGGCGGGGCGGCAGCAGGAGCAGCUGCAGCAGCUGCAGCGGCAGCUGCCGCGGCAAGUGGUGGAGGUGAUAGGCGCGCUGCAGCGGGCGCUGCCACGCGGCGUCGACCCAGCAGGGGCCGCCAAGCUCGCCGCGGCGGCAGUCGGGGCCCUCGCGCUGGCGGCCUGCGUGCUGCGCGGCGCGCCCGCUCCGAGCGGCGCGCACGCGCGCUCGGCCACGCCCGUCGCGGCCGCGACCGCGGCCGCCGCCCUCGACGCGGGUUCGGCAGCGCGGCUCGUGCGCUCGUACCAGGAGGCGCGCUGGCAGGCGCUCGGCCCCGACUGGGACUCGUCGGCGCUGCCCGCCGUCGCCGACGGCUCGGCGCUGUCUCACCUGCGCGCGCAGUGCGAUCAGUACGCAUCGCGCGGCUGGUUCCAGCGCUUCAAGCUCGGCGGCCUGCGCGUGUCGCGCGUGCACCCCGAGGGCCCCGGCGCCGCGCGGGUCGAGGCGUCGCUGCGCGAGUCGAGCAGCAUGUUCGGCGUGGACGGGCGGCGCGCCGAGUCGGUGGCCAGCGAAUAUGAUGUGGAGUACCGCGUGGCGGCCGGGGCGGACGGAAGGUGGAGGGUCACGUCGUCCAAGGUGCUCGGGAAGGAGCCCGGCGGCGGCGGGCUCGGGGGCCUGUUUGGGCGCUGA